GCCGUCGUCACCGUAGCGUGUCGACAGUGGCAGCGCGGCGGAGCGGAGCGAAGGGAGGGAGGGGGAGAGUAGAGGAGAAGAGAGGGAGGAGGCCAGACAAGGCGGGGGGAGGGGGAGCAGUGGUGGCGCAAGCCGCGCGGAGCAGCGCAGCCCGGGUCCGCUCCCUUCAGUGCGGCCGCCUCCCGACCCGGCCGGCACAGCCGGCGCCCCAGCGGGCCCCCCGGAAUAUCUCAAAGCAGCCGAAGGAGUCCUCGUUGGGGAACUUGGCGGCGGCGUGACGGGGACCUAGAGACCGGCAGUGGGGCCGCCGCCGCCGCCGGAGCAAGCUCCUCGACCUCGGCCUGAGGAAACCCCUUUUCAAGGAGAAAUGAAGAAGAAAACUGUAUAUACCCUAAGUGUGGGAGAUCAGGAAUAUGAAGAUAUGGAAGGUAAAAGAAACCAAGAUGAUACUACUACCACUGGUCUGUUGUACAGUGAAGCUGACAGAUGUCCAAUAUGUCUUAAUUGCCUAGAGAAGGAAGUUGGUUUCCCAGAAAGCUGUAAUAAUGUCUUCUGCAUGACCUGUAUUCUUAAAUGGGCAGAGAGACUGGCUUCAUGUCCUAUUGACCGAAAACCCUUUCAGGCAGUGUUUAAAUUCAGUGCACUGGAAGGUUGUGUUAAGGUUCAAAUAAAAAGACAAUUGAGAGAAACAAAAGACAAGAAAAAUGAAAUCUUUAAGAAACAGCUCUCCUAUCAUGAAAAUUCUAAAAGCUGCAUGAGAAGAAAAGUCAUAAGAGAAGAGCUACUAAGUGCAAAGCUUUAUGACUUGAAGAUGCAUAGAAAUUCUAAAUACAGUGAAAUGGGAGGAAAGAAAAAUGCAACAAUAAAGAUAAAGCCUCAAAGAUCAAAUCAGUGUACAAGUCAGUGCUUCAGAAAUCUUUUCUCCAAUAUGUUUUCUUCUAGUCACACUGGAGAAUCUUCUUUUACCUGUAGAGCUUACUGUACAGAAUUUAUAGAAGUCAAUGAAGUCAGUGCAUUGAUUAGGCAGAAGAGACAGGAACUGGAAUUGUCAUGGUUUCCUGAUACAUUACCUGGAAUUGGAAGAAAUGGUUUUAUACCCUGGAAUAUUGAAACAGAAGUCCUUCCUCUCAUCUCUUCUGUGUUGCCAAGAACUAUUUUUCCAACAAGUACCAUAUCUUUAGAAAAUUUUGGUGCUUCUUGCAAGGGAUAUGCGUUAGCACAUGCUCAAGAAGGAGACGAGAAGAAGCAAACUUCUGGUACAUCAAACACCAGAGGAUCAAGACGAAAACCUGCAGCAACAACUCCUACACGGAGAUCUACGCGUAACACAAGAGCUGAAACAGUCAGUCAGUCUCAGAGAUCUCCAGUAUCAAAUAAUUCUGGGUGUGAUGCCCCAGAUAACAGUAAUCCAUCUGUAAGUGUUUCCUCUUCAGCUGAGUCAGAAAAGCAAACAAGACAGGCUCCAAAACGGAAGUCUGUAAGAAGAGGAAGAAAACCACCUUUACUGAAAAAGAAACUUCGGAGCUCUGUACCUCCUCCUGAAAAAUCAUCUUCCAGUGAUUCAGUAGAUGAAGAAACAGCAGAAUCUGACACACCAGCUAUGUUAGAGAAAGAGCACCAAUCAGAUGCAGAAAGUAGUAACACUUGUACUAUGCCGACAAAUGUAGAAAAUGAGUCUGCUAAUGGCUUGAGAAGUUGCAGUGAGCAAAUAGAAGAAAGUGAGGAACACACUGAGAACCAUGAUACAGAGGAAAGAGUGGACUCUUCAUAUUCUGAACCUUGUACCCAAGGUCCUCCUGUGCUAGUUGGAGAGGAGGAAGAAGUUCAGAAAGUUGAGGAUACAGGUAUAGAAGCUAACAUUUUGUGUUUAGAAACUAGUGAGAGUUCUAAAAAUAUUUCUGAAAAAGGAGGUGAUCCAUUAGAAAACCAAGACCAAAUAUCUGGACCUUCAGAAUCAGAGAUAAAAGCAGAUCUAUGUACAGAUCGUCCUCCAGGUGAUUUUAUUACAUGUUCCGCAUCUGAAAUUGAAGUACACCAACCUAUACCCAGCCUAAGUGAGUCACCUGAGGAUGUAGAGUUAGUGGUUAAUGAAGAAAAAGUUAUAGUGGUUAAUGAAGAAAAGGUUAUAGAGAGUGCUAUAGUGGAAAUUAUUGAUCAUGAAAAUUCUACAGUAAAAACAGAAGAGCUUGUAGACAGCCCCAAAUUAGAAUCUUCUGAAGGUGGAAUUAUAGAAACAGUGGACAGAACAUCUGUUGAGAGCUCAGAGGUUCAGUUACCUGGGCAUGUUGAAACAGAAGGUGCAGAAAUAAUUGCAAUGUGUGGUACUUCAGGGAAUGAAAAUUUCAAUAAUAUUCAAGACUCUGAAAAUAAUUUAUUAAAAACUAAUCUUAACACCAAGUUAGGCAAAUGUUUAGAAGAAAAGACUGAAUCUGUGGUUGAACAUCCCAGACCUACAGAAUUGCCUAACACACACAUUGAACAGAUUCAGAAGCAUUUUAAUGAGGACAAUAAUGAAAUGGAAUGUGAUUCAUUUUGCAGUGGACAGAAUGAAUCUGGAAUUGAACUGUCUGUAAAUGCUGAUGCUAAACAACUUAAAAAUUCUGUGGAGCACAGCUCUCAAAAUAAUAUGCCAUCUUCUGGUCCUGCAAGUGAAAAGGUUGAAACUGUAUCUCAACCAUUUGAAAGCCCGAUAGAUGUGAUAGAUAAAGCCAAAAAGCCUCGUACUCGAAGAUCUAGAUUUCAUUCCCCAUCUACAACUUGGUCACCCAACAAAGAUACCACACGAGAAAAGAAGCGGUCUCAGUCUCCAUCUCCCAAAAGAGAAACUGAAAAAGAAAGAAAGUCUCGAUCACCAUCUCCCAAGAAAGAAUCUGCAAGAGGACGGAGAAAAUCUCGUUCUCAGUCCCCAAAAAAGGAUAUUGCAAGAGAAAGAAGGCGAUCUCAGUCUCGAUCUCCAAAGAAAGAUAGCACUACUAGGGAAGGAAAAAAAUCAGAAUCACUCUCCCCAAAAAGAGACACUUCUAGAGAAAAUAGAAGAUCACAGUCAAGAGUGAAAGAUUCCUCCCCAAGAGAAAAAUCCAGUUCUGGGAGCAGAGAAAGAGAAAGUGAUAGAGAUGGACCACGGAGAGAUAGAGAUAGAGACAGAGAGAGAGAUAGAGAUAGAGAUAGAGAAAGGAGAGCCAGAAGGUGGUCUAGGUCAAGAUCUCGUUCGAGGUCACCAUCAAGAUCUAGAACAAAAAGUAAGAGUUCAUCAUUUGGUAGAAAUGACAGAGACAGUUACUCUCCUCGGUGGAAGGAAAGAUGGGCAAAUGAUGGUUGGAGAUGUCCACGAGGAAAUGAUCGUUACAGAAAGCAUGACCCAGAGAAACAGAAUGAAAAUACAAGAAAAGAAAAAAAUGACAUAAGUCCAGAUGCUGACUGUCCAAAUUCUGCUGACAAACAUAGAAAUGACUGUCCCAAUUGGGUAACAGAAAAAAUAAAUUCUGGUCCUGACCCAAGGACCAGAAAUCCAGAAAAGUUAAAAGAUUCUCACUGGGAAGAAAAUAGAAAUGAAAAUUCAGGGAAUUCUUGGAAUAAAAACUUUGGUUCAGGUUGGAUGUCUAACCGUGGUAGAGGUAAUCGUGGCAGAGGCACUUACAGAGGUAGUUUUGCCUACACAGAUCAAAAUGAAAAUCGGUGGCAAAACCAAAAAGCCCCCUCAGGGAAUUCAAAUGGUUCAGGGAAUGAGUCUUUCAAGUUUGUGGAACAGCAACCCUAUAAACGGAAAAGUGAGCAAGAGUUCUCAUUUGAUACACCUGCCGAUAGAUCAGGGUGGACAUCUGCAUCUAGUUGGGCUGUGAGAAAGACUCUGCCAGCAGAUGUACAAAACUAUUACUCACGACGAGGGAGAAAUUCUUCAGGUUCACAGUCUGGAUGGAUGAGACAAGAAGAGGAAACAACUGAACAGGAUUCUAACCUAAAAGACCAAACAAAUCAACAAGGUGAUGGUUCUCAGCUACCUAUAAAUAUGAUGCAACCACAAAUGAAUGUAAUGCAGCAACAAAUGAAUGCACAACACCAGCCUAUGAAUAUCUUCCCAUAUCCCGUGGGUGUUCAUGCCCCUCUGAUGAACAUCCAGCGCAGCCCAUUUAAUAUUCAUCCUCAGCUGCCCUUGCACCUGCAUCCAGGAGUGCCUGUCAUGCAGGUCGCGGCUCCUACCAGUGUGUCUCAGGGACUGCCGCCACCACCGCCCCCGCCCCCACCAUCCCAGCAAGUCAGCUACACGGCUCCACAGCCAGAUGGAAAACAGUUGCAGGGCAUUCCUAGUGCUUCUCAUGUAAGUAAUAACAUGAGUACACCAGUCUUGCCUGCUCCGACAGCAGCCCCAGGAAAUAUGGGAACAGUUCAGGGACCAAGUUCUGGUAAUACUCCGUCAUCGAGUCACAGCAAAGCCUCUAAUGCUGCUGUAAAAUUGGCAGAAAGCAAAGUAAGUGUUACAGUGGAAGCCAGCGCAGAUAGCUCGAAGACAGACAAGAAAUUGCAAAUUCAAGAAAAAGCAGCACAGGAGGUAAAACUGGCCAUUAAGCCAUUUUACCAAAAUAAAGAUAUCACCAAGGAAGAAUAUAAAGAGAUUGUACGGAAAGCAGUAGAUAAAGUUUGUCAUAGUAAGAGUGGAGAAGUCAAUUCUACUAAAGUGGCAAAUCUGGUUAAAGCCUAUGUAGACAAAUACAAAUAUUCACGGAAGGGAAGCCAAAAGAAAACUCUGGAAGAACCUGUGUCUACUGAAAAAAACAUAGGCUGAAAUGGAGAGCACUCGGAAGGACAGUAUAUAUAGCGAUAUCUGCAAAGUGCAAUUUCAACAUGUACCUUUAACUGAAAAUCAUACAUAACUGUGAUUGAAAUUUGGUUUUGAUAAAAUUAUUUUUUUUAACAUAGGAUAUAAUGUUUUGUUCUAAAUAAAUAAUAGUUCUGCACUGCAA